UUGCCAAACAGAACCCCUGGAAUUGGAACCCCAGCCUCGGAGUGCCGUGACGAACCGAAACGUACAUCUCUCUCUCUCUCUGUCUCUCUCUCUCGCUCGAAGAACCAGAAGAAGAAGAAGAAGAAGAAGAAGAAGAAGAAUCAAUUGGUAUCGAAGCUCUAUUUCUGAGCUGAAACCCUAAUUCUCAGUCGCUUGCUGUUACGCAAUUCGUAUCAGGACAAUGGAUAGGAAUGAUGAUGACCUGGUUAGUUCUCAUGACGAUGAUAUGGAUAUCAGAUGCCAAACAUCCAAUAACUUGGACUUGAAUAUAGAGCACGACUGUUGCAGCCCAAAAGUUGCCCAUGUUGGCUCAGUGCAGUCCACUCUUUCUUCAAAAGAUGAUUCUAAUUCAGAUGGGGUACUUAAGAUUGGUAUGGAGUUUGAAUCAGAUGAGUAUGCAUACAAGUUUUACUGCAAAUAUGCUGGAUUGGUAGGUUUCAGUGUUCGAAAGGACUGGGUCAAUAGGAGUAAGGUACAUGGUAGGGUGGUAUCUAGAAAGUUUACCUGUUCCAAAGAAGGUUAUCGGCGGAAAGACAAACGAGAUGUUAAUGUGAAGAAACACCGGAAAGAAACAAGAACUGGUUGCUUGGCACAUAUGAUAAUAACUCGUCAGCCUGAUGGAAUAUAUCGAAUUACACAUUUUGAAGAAAACCAUAAUCAUGAGAAUGUAAACCCAAGUAAUGCUCAGAACUUACAGGAAUUACCAUCACAGGGGACAAUAGAUGGUGCUGGAGUAACUGAAGCUGACUCCACAAUUAAUCUUGAAAGGCAAUCACAAUUAGCAUUUCAAUUGUUGGGUAGACAAUUUGGUGCUCGAGAAAACCUUGAUUAUCCAGCAAUAGAUUUUGAGAAUUAUUUAAAAUCUGGACGAAUAAGAGAUUUGAAGGAGGGAGAGGCAGGGCGUUUGUUGUAUUAUUUUCAAAGGCAACACUUUGAAAAUCCUUCUUUCUUUUAUGCCAUACAGCUUGAUGUAGAUGAUAAGAUAAGCAAUAUUUUUUGGGCUGAUGAUAAUAUGGUUGUGGACUAUGAUCAUUUUGGCAAUGUGGUUUGUUUGGACACAACAUACAGAACACAGAAAGAUUUUCGGCCGCUUGUGCAGUUCUUAGGACUGAAUCAUCAUAGACAAGUGGUGAUAUUUGGUGCUGCACUUAUGUAUGAUGAAACUAUUGAUUCUCUUAAGUGGCUUUUCCGAACUUUCAUCGAGGCAAUGUCCAGGAAGAAGCCAGAAGCCAUCCUCACAGAUCAAGAUGCAACAAUAAUCCAAGCAAUUGAUUCAGAAAUACCAGAAACAAACCACCGUGUUUGCAUAUGGCAGAUGUACCAAAAUGCUCUUAAACACCUGAGCCAUGUGACAAAGGAUGCAGAUUCCUUUGCCAAAGUUUUGAGGAGUUGCAUUUUUGAUCACGAGGAUGAGGAGGAUUUCAUCCAUGCCUGGGAUGAUAUGGUAGACAAAUUUACUCUUCGGCAAAAUGAGUGGUUGCGAUGGAUGUUUAGAGAAAAAGAGAAUUGGGCUGUGGUAUAUGGCAAAAAUAGCUUUUUUAUUGAUGUGAAAAGCACACAUCUAGUGGAGAAUUUUUCAAAUAACUUGAAAAAUUACCUAAACUCUGACCUAGAUGUGCUUCAGUUCUUCACACAUUUUGAAAGUAUGGUAAACAAGCAACGCUACAAUGAACUCGAAGCUAAUUAUGACAUGGGCAGAUGUACUCCAAGAUUGAUGGCUAAUGUAGUUUUGUUAAAGCAUGCCAGUGAUCUUUAUACACCAAAGGCAUUUGAAGUAUUCCAGCGAGAAUACGAGAAGUGUCUAAAUAUCGUUGUUAACCUGUUCAGUGAGAAUGGGUCGUUGUUUGAGUACAAAGCUAACACAUACGGGCAACCUAGAGAGUAUACAGUUACAUUUAACUCUUCGGAUGGUACAGUCACUUGCGGUUGUAUGAAGUUUGAGUAUGUUGGGAUUCUAUGUUGUCAUGCCCUAAAAGUGCUUGAUCAUCGGAAUAUAAAGGUGGUCCCUACCUGUUAUAUUUUGAAGAGAUGGACAAGAGAUGCAAGGGUUGAAAGUUUCAGAGAGUGUGCGAUCUCCGUAGAAGAAGAAAGCCCCAAGUCCAUUACAGCUAGCCGUUACAGAAAAUUGUGCCAAAGCUUGCUUAAAAUAUCUGCCAGGGCUGCUGAAUCUAACCAAGCAUUUGAAUUUGCUGCAAGACAACUUGAGGGAGUGAUGCAAGGGGUAGAAAAGAUCUUGACACUUAAACCUUCCGAGGAAACUCAAGCUAUCACCUCAAGUAGCACUGGGGCAUACGCAUCUGAAAGUGAACAAGCAGAGAUUUUUCUGGAUAGAAAUGCAAUUGAGGGUCAGGAUGACAGCAACACAUUUAGGGGAACAAAUGAAAGGGAGACUACUGCCCCUGAUGAAGACCCACUAAAUAAUCUUGUUGAAAAGAUCUCCAAAACUAAAACAUCACAGAAUGUACAUUCACUUCCACCGGAUACUGUUGCCUCAAUUUCAUGUCCUCAACCGGCAUAUGUUUCUUCUGCAUCCUCAUCUUUAAAUCCUGUUACACAGGGUUUCUACAAUUUUGAAGCAAAUCAGGUGGUUCAAUGCCUAUACCAACCGCCUAAUCUAUCCAUGGCCCAGCAACCCAACCCUGACAUUUAUCAACCGCCAAACCUCUUUUCUAACCAACAUGAUUCUCCUAGCCAAGCUCAGUUGCUUCAGGAAUCCUUAAUUCGUAGUCCAUUCCAGGAGCCCAUGUCACACAGAAAUCAAUUGAGGCAGGCAAUGGAUCUCGAUGUCCAACAUCCACAUUCGACCUCAUUCGUUCAUUAUGAUCACAGAUACAGAGCAUCAAAUGGCCAAUAUUUUGGGUCCAAAUAAUGAUGUGAAAAAAAUUGUCCAUCAUUCUUCACAUCUUGUCAAUGUAAUUUUGGUACUGUACAUAUCUUCAAAUGCAUGUUUAUUUUGAUCAUAGCGGGGAAAAAGCAGUGAAUUUAAUUUCCCCUCAUGCAUGUGUAUCACAUACAAUAGUCAACUACAAAUGAUAAAAGGUAAUCAAUACCCUUUGAAUUUUUGCUCAUCAUCUCUGCGUAGAAGUUAUGUUUGGUAUUAUGGGAAAUGUAAUGACAAUGUUCUGAAGGAAAAUCUCUUAUCAGCCACA